AUGUAUUCGAUGAAGACUCUAGUGUUGUGUUUGUUAGUUUGUGUGACAGUUUGCGGUACCAUCAGGAAACCAAAACCCGUGGUCAUAUUGAAGUGCUGCAAGAAUAAUGAAUAUUUACCUUUGAGUGGUGAUAACAAAUGUGUACAGAAUGAUUCCAGUUCGUGGCAUAUCGAUAUCUUCAAUGGAAGAAAAGGACACUUUGAAAUGCACACUUCACUACCCGAGCAUUGGAUCAUCAAGGAAGGCAUGAUUCCAAAAUGUGCGAAACCGAAGAAACUGUUUUUCAAAAGCAGAAGUAGUAUCCCUUUUUUGAACGGUUCCAUUUACAGCGUCGAAUAUGGAAAACUGUUGCAUCCAGAUCAAAUCUGCAUCGACUAUAACGCAUUCUUGGUCUGUCUGAACGAACCGCAUAAUUUGAUUAAAAAGUGUUGUGGUGAAAACGCGAUUUUUUCGGAAACGAACGGGACUUGUAGGAAUUUCAACGACCAAAGUUACAAAAUUGAUGUAGGCCAAAAUUGGACAUUAGGUGCGGGAUUUCCAAUUUGUACUGAGAACAAACUACACGUGGUGGUUGGGGAACUUCACAAAUCGAAAAUUUUCGAUAAUGGUAGUUUGUUGGUGGACAAUAAAAUUAUAUUGUCGGCUGGGAAUUUUUGCCUGGAACAUGUGUUAGAACAUACUGGUCGAUCGGCUAGCGUGAUCACGUGCCCCGAGCACCUGCCGCCGCAGCCGCAGCCCAGCCGUCCCCAGAACGAGACAGACCUGCGCUUCACCAUCUACCCGAUCGGCCUCGCGAUCAGCGUGAUCUUCCUGGCCGCCACCCUGGCGGCGGGGGCGCUGAUGCCCGCCAGCCACCACGUGCUGCACUGGCGCUGCCAGACCAACCACGUGACGUGCCUGCUGCUGGGCGACGUGCUCCUCUGCGUCACGCACCUAUCGGGGCGGAUUGACUUCUGGCCGUGCUUCAUGAUCGGAUAUCAGAGAAUAGCAGCUCGGAUAGCAGGUAAUGGAAAAGCGAACGAACUCGUUAGGAGAGGACCAGGAAAUGGCGGAGUAAAACUGAUCGUGGUGCCAGGACAUAAAGGGAUAGCAGCUCAGAUAGCAGGUAAUGGAAAAGCGGACGAAUUCGUUAGGAGAUGA